AUGUUUCGGCAAAUGGAUCUCAAGGGCCAGGCUCAGGCCGACAGCAAGCUUAAGUCCACACACCAGAACACAGUGAACACCGUGCGAGUCUACGAUGAGGCCAACGGGGCUCUGCGCUUCAGCAGUAAGUUGAUCCUUCCUCCAAAAUACGCCUGGAACACCGGCCCCUUCCUUUCGGACUCAUGCGGCUACGUCGCGCUCUCUCAUCCGCCCUCCCCUCCGCGCAUCGUCGUCGCCUUCCGCGGCACUUACUCAAUAACAAACACCAUAAUCGACCUCUCGGCCUACCCGCAGUCCUACGUCCCAUACCCAGAAGACGGUAGUGGUAGCGAUAGCGACGACAAGGACCCCGCGUCGCCAGCGCGCUGCGAAAACUGCACCGUGCACGCAGGGUUCAUGACCUCAUGGCAGAACACGCGUGAAACCGUCCUCCCCGCUGUCGCCGCAGCGCUCGAACAAUACCCAGAUUACGAAGUUACUCUGGUGGGCCAUUCGCUUGGCGGGGCCGUCGCCGCGCUGGCGGGUCUGGAGAUGCGACUGAAGGGGUGGGAUCCACUGGUUACGACGUUCGGGGAGCCGAUGAUCGGGAAUAAAGACUUUGCGACCUUUAUCGAUCACCAGUUUGAUAUGGCCAGUAGCAGCAGCGACGAGGUCGACGGUAGUGGUACCGUUGUUGACCAGAGAUUCCGUCGGGUCACCCACGUCAAUGACCCGGUUCCGCUCCUCCCGCUUAGAGAAUGGGGGUACACCGCACACGCGGGGGAGAUCUUCAUCUCCAAACCCGAGCUCUCGCCGUCUGUUGAGGAUCUCCGGGUCUGUGUCGGGGACCAGGAUCCAAACUGUAUAGCUGGUGCUGACGCCGAUCCCGCCGCGACUGUGCUCGAUAUGCUUCGCGACAUCAACAUCCCCAUCAUAUCCUCAUCGGAUAUCUCCAGUUCCAGCGUGGACUGCUACAAUUCACACGACACAGAAUCUGAAGCUGAAUCCGAAUCCGAACCCGAAUCUGAUACUGGCUCAGCAAACCAAGUCGUUCUCGGCACUCGGCGUGGUCGUGGCCGUGGCCGCUCUGCUGCUUGCGACGAGGAAAACGCGCUACGUUUUGGGAAAUGGGAUUGGUCGUUUAUUCCGGCGAGGUACCGGCUGUGGGAGCUCUUUUAUGCCCAUCGGGACUAUUUCUGGCGCAUUGGGCUUUGUGUUCCCGGCGGUGAUCCGACUGGGUGA